AUGCUGUCUCUCCUCCUCCUCGCCCAUCUGGCAUACUCCAUGCCAUUACCAAUCAGUCUUCUAACCACCCACGCCGGCACCGGAACAGUGUAUACACAAGACAGCGUCGCCGGGUCCUGCGGCACCGUGCACUCGGACUCGGACCUGAUCGUGGCGAUAAGCACGUACUGGAUGAAAAAGGGCCAGGCCUCGAGCUCGAGCUCGAACACGAACUCGAAUACCCUCUGCAGCCAAAAGAUCAGCGCCACGAAUAUUCUCACAGGGACGACGGUCACCGUCGUCGUCGCGGAUACGUGUGCGGCCUGUGGAGAGAACGAUGUCGACUUCUCGGUUGGAUCGUGGGAUGCCCUGACGGGGUCGGCGGCCUGGGGGACUUUUGCCCUUGACUGGAAAUUCUGUGGAUCCGGGGGUUGUUCGUGAUGGAUGCUCUAUCCAGUUGGCUAUUGAGGACUGUACAUUUUAGACUUAGACUAGACUUAGAUUGUUAUUCUGUUAAUAUUGUUGAGUUUAUAUCAAAUUCAAAUCCUU